AUGAAGUUUUGUUUCCUGAUCAUAGCACUUCUUUUGGUGUGCUUGAAAGCCAGCGCUAUCAACGUUGGCUCUUGUGAAAUAGACAAUGUCAAUACUGGAUUCAAUGUAGAAUAUUACAAUGUUUCAUACCAUGAUUGUGGUGACGGGAGUUAUCUUACUUCUUCCGUUUGUGCUGAUUACCUUCAAAAUGACUUCGAGGAUGUUUUGUCCCCAUCUUUGACUAUAGAAGGUGUCCAAAAUCUCACUUUCUAUUUCAAUCCGUCUGGAACAGCCCCAGUCUACGAAUCACUUUAUGGUGAAAUAGUGAAUGUCCAAAGUUUUGGGUUAAGAAUCACUAGUUAUUUUUAUGCACCUCAAUCCGGUACUUACGAAUUCACCAUAACAGGUGUUGAUGACGCUGCUGUUUUCUAUUUUGGAGCACAAGAAAAUUACGACUGUUGUCAAUCGGUUACCGAGCUGGCUGGAUACACCCCUGCACUUGUUGCCCAAUUUCCGGCUGGAACAACCACAUAUGAUAUAACAUUAGAGGAGGGAUAUUAUCCAAUGAAAUUACUUUAUAUCAAUUGGGGUUCCCAAGCACGUUUGAAAUUUCAAGUUGUCUACCCAGACGGUACUGUGGUAACUUCUAGCAAUAUGCCAGCCUAUGCUCCGCAAGAAAAUUCCCAGUGUGUAGUUAAUACCGUAACUACUACCUCAACUUGGACCGAAACAUUUGGAACAACUUACACCAUAACUCCAACUGAAAGUGGAAAUGUAACAGCAACUGUUAUUGUCGAAGAACCACCAUUGUCAACAACCACCAUCACCACUGGCUCUACGCCAACUACCUACACCACUGUUAUCACCACCGGUUCUGU